AUGGAGCUUAUCAAACACAUCAAAUCAGCACCAGAUGAGGAAAGUUUCUUCGCGAGGCUCAUCGAAGUAUACGAAUGGCAACCACAGUUCGGCAAGUCAGAAAUGUCACGAUGGGCAGAUAUAUUGAAUAUGUGUGAUGAAGUACUGGAAAAGGCAGUCACUUAUGUUGAUCCGAAUGGUGUUCUGAUGGCCGUGGACAACGAUCCGGAAAUGGUACGGCGUGUAUCGGCUGUUCUCUCGUUCACUUCACUUCUUUUCGAGAACACCUUCACUCGUUCCAUAUACAGUUCUAUCGAUGUUAGUUUUAUCUGUUUGUGGUAA